AUGCUUGUCUCCCCAAGCCGAUUCAGGACGCUCCCCAGUACCCCAUGCUUGUCUCCCCAAGCCGAUUCAGGACACUCCCCAGUACCCCAUGCUUGUCUCCCCAAGGGAAUUCAGGACACUCCCCAGUACCCCAUGCUUGUCUCCCCAAAGGGAAUUCAGGACGCUCCCCAGUACCCCAUGCUUGUCUCCCCAAAGGGAAUUCAGGACGCUCCCCAGUACCCCAUGCUUGUCUCCCCAAAGGGAAUUCAGGACGCUCCCCAGUACCCCAUGCUUGUCUCCCCAAAGGGAAUUCAGGACGCUCCCCAGUACGCCAUGCUUGUCUCCCCAAAGGGAAUUCAGGACGCUCCCCAGUACCCCAUGCUUGUCUCCCCAAAGGAAAUUCAGGACGCUUCCCCAGUACCCCAUGCUUGUCUCCCCAAAGGGAAUUCAGGACGCUCCCCAGUACGCCAUGCUUGUCUCCCCAAAGGGAAUUCAGGACGCUCCCCAGUACGCCAUGCUUGUCUCCCCAAGGGGACACAGCACACGAAGUCCUCAUGCCCCAUACUUGUGUGGCCAAGAGGACUCAAGGCAGACAAAUACUGUCAACCUCCCCUAUAUAUACACAGGAAGACAGAGUUCCAUGUGAAGGUUGAAAUGUCUCUAUCCCUGCUCCAAUCUCAUGUUCAUUAUGUCUAG